AUGGAACGUCAACGUACAGGAGAUAUUCAAAGAAAUAGAGAAAUUCAUGACCUUCUUGACCAGAUUGAGGUUCCUGAAGAAAGUAUGAGUGAUCUUUCUUCAAUGGUAUCAGGCCGUUCAAAUUAUGAGCCUGAGUCUCAGGUAUAUGCUAGAACUCCGAAUUCCCCUCCUAGGCAAUUAGAAGAGUAUUUUGAUAAUUCGAUAAAUUCUUCAAUAGCGCUUCACACUUCGCCAAUUGAUAAUGUUAAAUUGCCGUUUGAAGAGGAAUCGAGAGAUAACAGCAAUUAUUCACAGCACCAUUCUCAAGCAUUUACUUCACAACAAGUGUCUAGAAUGAUGGAUUGGAGCAAAAGCCAUAUUACUCCGACUGAAGGGAUAUUUCCACAGGUUUCAGCACCAAGUAUGAGCAUCGACCAGGACCAAGAUAUGUGGGAUGAGUCUGCCGCUGAUUCUUCAAUGGUGCAGCAUAUGAGAUCUCGGACUUCUUUUGAAAAAGAACAAAAAAGAUCAGACUCAUCCCAUGGAUUGCCUGUUUUAGACUUGCCGACUCAUGAAGAAAUGCCGAGCAGAGAAGUUAUAACGUUUUCUCCUGGAAAUCAAGACCAAAAUUGGUAUUUUAAUCCAGGUACCAUAAUUUCGAAGAGAUCUUCAACUAAUCAUAGCUUUAGGACUUAUCAAAGAUCAAGCUUGUCUACAGAACUUGUCGCGCAAGGCAGCGCACUUCUGGCAAAUGCAGGGAACCACCAUUUUGCCUCAGAGUAUUCUUUAGCCCAAGCUAGAGACAAUGCAGUUAUAUGUGAUGAAAUGCAAAAACUGAAAAAUGAGCUGGUUAAUAUAAAAAUUGCGCUGAGAACAGAACAAGAUCUUCAUGAAAACACAAAAAAAGAGCUGUAUGACUGCAGUAACUAUUUACAACAGCUAGAAGCUGAAAAAAGUGACAGUGAACAAAGAAAGGCAGAGCUUGAAGAGCAUCUAAAAAUGAUCCAGGCAAAAACUAAAGACAACUCGAGUCUUGACCAAUUGAGAGGCAAAGCUCUUGAGUAUGCAAGAAUUGAAAUAAAACAGCUUAAAACAUAUUUAUCUGAAAGGGAUAAAAAAAUACAAGACUUAGCACACGCACUCUCACAGAAAAAUAUGAUAGAAAGCAAUACUGCGAGAGAAAAAGAAAUAGAAGAGCUGACAUCAGAGCUCGCAAAAAUGAAAAUCUUGAACUCAACUCAGAACAAAAGAAUCCAAGAUUUGAUAGAAAAAAAGGAAGAGUCAUCAAAAUCGAAUGAUAAAUAUAGCUUGGGUAGACUUUUGGCAUUACCAGUUUGGAGUUGAUUUGCCGAUUUAAGAAGUUUCAGGAAAAAACCUACAUAAGGCACGCCAAAAGCGUUCCAAAGCUAUACAAAAAUGAAUUGAUGGCUAAAUCAGAAUCAUAUCAAUCAAAGAUUAAAAAUUUAACUUCUCAGGUAGACGAGUUGGCAAAUAUUAUAAAAGAGAAAAAUGAAGAAAUAGAACAACUUGAAAACGAAUUAAACGCUGCCAAAGAUGAAAUUAAAGAAGCAAAUCAGAUUAAAAUGAGUGAAUUUGAAGACAUACAGAACGCAAAAAUUAUGAUUGAAACUUUACAAAGUCAGCUGAAUGAUGUUCAAGCUGGAAGAACAGGAGCUGCAGAUUACGACUCUCAGCUUGCCAAAAUCAAAUCCAGUUAUGAAGAAAAACUAAGUGCUGCACAAAAAGAAACCCAGCAAUAUAAGAAAAAGACUUCAAAUCUUGAAGAAAGAGUAAAAGGUUUCGAGGUACAAAUUGAAAGGCUUAUGAAAGGCGAAAAAAAAGAAAUUUCUAUUGAUGAAUCUGAAGCCAAAGAAACAGUUGCAAUUAUGCAAGCAGAAAUUGAAAAACUGCAAACUGAGAUUGCUGAGCUGACAGAUAAAGUCACUGAUUUAAAAAAUGCUGAGAGGCAGCUGAAUGAGGAAAGAUUUGCAAUAACAAGAGAAAGAGAAGAAUUAAUUCAACAGAUCAAAGAUGAUAAAGCUAAAAGAAAAGAAGAUCUGAGGAAUACUGAAAAAAUGCAGUUAGAUCAUAAUAAAGCAAUUAGGAAAAUUGAAGUAGAGCUGCAGCAGUCUAAAGAUUUGAAUAGACAAUAUAAAGAAGAAAUGGAAAGCCUAAGGUUUGCAAGGGAUCAAGCAGAAAAAUUGGUAGAUACUUAUAAGAAGCAACUGGACGACUCAAAAGUUGGGACGUCAAGAGAGUUUAAAGUCAAUAAAGAAAAGGCUCGGGAUACUGAAAAGGAGAUUGCUAAGCUUAAGUCUACAAUAAAAUCAAUGAAUGCUCAAUUUGAAGAAGAAAAAGAAGAGCUUUUAUAUCAAAUUGAAGAUUAUGGAAAAAAAAUCCAGGAAUUAGAGGACGAAAUAAGGGCUUACCCUGACCCUGAAAAGCUUGAAUAUGAAAUUCGAAAAGAAUGCGAAGAAAAAGCUGCUCAAAAUCUUAAAAAACUAAAAGAAAGCUGGGAGGCUGAAAGAACUGAGUUUUUAAGAAAAAACCAAAGAUCAACACAAACAAGCUUUGACAUAGCCUCAUUUAAAGAAGAAAUAAAGCAUCAACUAGAGGUAGAAUAUGUCGAUAAAAUGAACAAGAAGCAGCAGCUGUUAGAAGAUAAAUGGAAAAAAGAAUGCACUCAAAAUUUGCAGCCACAGCUAGAAAAAGAAAUCAAAGAAAAAUUUGAAAAAAAAUUUGCCUCAGCUAAACAGAUGUUAGAAGAUAGCUACCAGAAAAGAGUUGAUGAGCUUAGCGAAGACUAUGUAAAAAGAGUAAAAAGCCUUGAAAGUGAAUAUGAAAAAAACGCAAAUAAUAUGGAAGAAGAUUUCCGAAAGAAACUUAUGUCAAUUGAGAGUGACUACAAUUUAAAUCUAAAAACAAUUAGAGAGCAAAAAGAAGCCAAUCAAAAUGUGUAUGAUGAAGCAAAAGAGGAGCUGCAGAAUGUGAAAGAAUCGUAUGAAGAAAAAAUAAAAAAUAUGGCAAAUAAAACUCGAGAGCUAGAAGGAGAGCUAAAAAAUAAAGAAAAAAUAUUGAGGGCACAAUAUGAAGCUGAAAUGAAUAUGAAGUUAAAUGAAAUGGAAAGGGUACUAAAAAACAAAAAAGAAGAAGCUGAAGAAAAAUUGAAUAAAGAAAAAUCAGAAUUAAUAAAUGGAUUUGAAACAGAAAGAAACGAUUACGAAAAGCAAAUAUCACAGCUGAAAAGUGAUUAUAAAAAGGCACUGGAUCAAUUGAAAAAUUAUAAAAACUUAGAAAAAGACUUUUUAAGCAAAGACGAAAUAUUGGAAAAUAAGCUUGAAGAAGUAGAAAAAGAAUACCAAUCUAAAAUAGAAGAGAUGCAAAGAAAUUUUGAAAGAGAAAAUUUAGAGAACAGCAAAGCCUUUACACAAAAAUUAAAAGAUCGAGAAAAAUUGCUAUUUAAAGAAUAUGAAGAUAAAAUUCACGAAAUUCAUCAAGAAUUAGAUAAGCAGCUUGAAAUUGAAAGAGUUAGGCACAACGAAUUAAUGAAUUUAAAAGAGCAAAAUACCAAAGCCGAAGUCCAAAGAGCACAAGAAGAACUUCUACAAAAUUUCAAAGAUAAAGAAAGGGAAUGAGAAGAAAAAUUGCAAAAACAAAAACUUCAGUAUGAAAGAGAAAUCAGAGCAAAAGACAUAAAAAUAGAAGACCUUAGCGAACUGAACUCUCUUGAAACUAAUAAAAUUAGAGAAGAAAUUAAAGAAGAGUUUAAAUUAAAAAUCAAAAAAAUGAAAGAAGAAUUUGCAAAGCAAAAAAGAGAUAUGGAAAGCGACGUUAGAAAAUCAAAAGAAGCAUCUCAUAACGCUUUAGAGCUCGCCAAAAAAGAUUUGGAAAGAUUUGAAAGCGAAAAACUUGACCAAGAAAGAAAAGAAUGAGACAAAAAACUCCAGCAAAAAAUAAAUAUUCUUACAUCCAAGCACCAAAAAGAACUUCAAGAUAAAGAAACACUAAUCCGCUUAGAAUUUGAAAAAGAAAAAAGUGACUCCUUAAAGCAACUUUCUCAUCAAUUAAAAAUGAAGUUUAAGAAAAGAGAAGACGAUUAUAAAAAAUAUUUUGAAGAGCUUAAACAAGCUGCAAUAGAAGAUAAAGCUCAUGAAAUUGAAAUUCAGGUUAAAAAAGAAACACAAGAAUAUUAUAAGAAAAUAAUGGAUAGGUUAAAAUCAAAACAUGCACAAGAAAAAGAAAAAAUUAUAGAAGAGACAGAAAGAAAGCUUGAAGAAAUGAGAGAAAAUUAUAAAAAUGAUCCCUCUAUUAACUCUUCUUAUUCGGACAUGCCAUUUGUUUAUAAUAAAAAGAGAAUUAGUUUUGGUCAAGAAAAUUGUAAUGAUAAAGAGAUUCUUUCGAGUCAAGUUCGAUUGUUUUCGAACAGAAUGAAUAUGAUUAUUGAAGAUUUAAGAAGCAGGGAAAUAGAAAAAAUUAGUGCUGCUGAGCCAACUCAAUUUUUUAAAGUUGGAUUGCUGCGUAUUCCUGGAAUUUAA